AUGUUCACGUUCGACAAUGAUGUUUCCAAGCCUUACACCGUGAUCAAAAACUUCCGAGAUGCCGAGCUGAACAUGGACGACGGCAGCAGCUGCGAAGACAACGAGGUUGACUCAACAGACAUUAUUGGAUGUCAGAACCACGCUUUUGCGGCUCGUCCCAAACACAACGCCGUACGCAACUCGGUCGUCGCAGGACUACCUGGGGACAUCGACAGCCCAAGGCAACUUCGCUACGCGGUCAUCAAGGCCUCCAAGAGCCGAUUAACCGAUAAGACAGCAGUCCUCGGCAAAGCGUUCAAGCGUGGCACACUGGAUAGCCCCUUGCCAAAGAACAUUCUAAAGGCCGAUCUUUUGAUCAUUUCCAGCGAUGUAGAUGAGAAUGACAAGCGCGACCAGUUCUUUCAGCAGGUUCUCAAACUCACCAAGCCAGAAGCGGCGGUUCUCAUUGUUGUCAAACAAGAACCCAUUCCUGGUUGA